AUGGGUAAGAAACAAUUGGGAGAAGAUGGUUUUGCAUCAUCAAAGGCAAAUAAGUAUAGAGACAUAAUCCUCACGAAUGAAGAUCUCACAAGUAAUAAAUAUAAAAAUGAUAUUGUGCACGAGUAUUCAAAACAAAAUCAACCCCAUUUCCAUGCUCAAAUGUCGUCCUUUUUUGCCGGGAACUCGAUGAUGAUCAACAAGGAGCGAAUGACCAAAGACUGGGACAUCAAUGACACAAAUGUUCCCAUCAUCAAUGAUUCGGACUUCGAUGACUUCUGCGAAUGGGCAGAUGGUCACGUGCGCCUCGUCUAUCCGGUCACGAAUGAAGAUGCCAAGAAGCACACUUCCGGAUGGGCGAUGCGCAAUACGAACAACCACAAUGUCAAUAUUCUCAAGAAGAGCUGCCUGGGUGUCCUUGUGUGCUCCGCGGGAUGUGUCCUGCCUCACGGAGGACGCGUGCACCUGAGACCAGCAAUUUGCGACAAAGCGCGGAAAAAGCAACAAGGAAAACCCUGUCCCAAUCGCGCCUGCAAAACAGGAAGACUCGAGAUUCUACCGUGCCGAGGACACUGUGGAUACCCCGUGACACAUUUCUGGAGACACACAGAGAAUGCUAUAUUCUUCCAAGCCAAAGGAGUACAUGAUCAUCCGCGUCCUGAACCAAAGAGCUCUAGCGAGACAAGAAGAAGUCUCGGAAGUGGACGAAGAGUUCGUGGACUGGCAGUUCUACUUGCCAGGGAUGCUGCUCUUGGAAAUAAGCUACUCUCCCUGAGACAAACCAAGAAAUCACCCAAACUGCCCAAUACGGAUAUAAUGCGACCUCCGCCUCUUAUCCCGGAUUCUAAUACAGGAGACUCCUCUACCUGCCUCUGUCCAACACUCAAUUGUACCUGUCGCUUGAUGAGUGGCAACCUUAAUCAGGCUCCUGCACAAAGUUUCGUCCAAACUCCCGCGCAUUUCGGCUACUCGGAGUCAUUUGGCGUGUCCAUUAUGACUCCUCAGCAGACACCACAGCAAUCAUCCACCUACUGGAGCCAUUCCCAGGCACAAUUCACCGGAAACCAAUUCCCCUCGACUUACGGUGACUGCUCUGUCGAGAUGAACGUGGGCAAUCAAAUGGAGAUGACCGGUCAGCAUGAUCUCUACCAAUUCUCACCACUGUCCGGAGAUCUCUUUCAGCCGGAGGAGAUCUUCCAGCUGGAUCAACCCCUGAAGCCACCUGGAGGCUUGAACAACUCCACAUCGCCGCCCACUUUGCUGGACCUGGGCAGUGGCACUAUUCAGCAGCAGAAAGGGAUUUUUCCGGAUGAAGAGAGCACCAAUAACAGCUCCUCCAGUCGCAACAAUGAAUCUAGUCCACAUCACUAUGAGGCAACAGUCUUCGGACAGGGGCAUUUUCACAACAACAACAACCAGACGCACGCUGGAUACUUCUGCGAUGCGUCCAGUCACAAUGAACCUCAGCACUUUGUCCAAUUGGAAUCAGACGUGCGAUUCGCAAAGUCAGAAAACUUCUACUCGAUGCAGGGCUAUGAAGUGACAAAUGGCAUGGAGACUGGAGAUGGAUUCCGGAUGAGAAGGCGACAUGAGGAUCCCAUGGCCAGAAUGGAUCUGUACGCACAGCCUCCGGUUGCAGGAAGUGAAAGAGGAUUAGAGGACAAUUCUGCAUAUUACGACAUAUCUUCGCAGUAUUCUCAUGCAUCCUUUCACACUUCCGACUAUGCCGUAGCCAAUACCAACAAUAACCACAUAAUGAUGCCCCAGGAUGCUUCCCAUCAGGCCAUGGAGAAUAAUUUGCACUUCACAAUCUCACUUAAUGAUCACAAUUAG